GGCGCUGGCAUUCGGGAUCGAUCGGUGGCUGCGGCUGGCCAGGGCGGCCCCGGCUCCCAUGGGCCGGCAGUGAGUGAGCGGGCGGGGCGCGCCCGGGGCCAUGCCCAGGCGGCUGCCGGGGCCCCCUGCGGGCCCCCACGGGGAGGAUUUCUCCUUCGUGAGCCCGUUGGUGAAGUACCUGCUCUUCUUCUUCAACCUGCUCUUCUGGAUGAUCUCGAUGGUGAUGGUGGCCGUGGGCAUCUACGCCAGGCUGAUGAAGCACGCAGAGGCGGCCAUGGCCUGCCUCGCGGUGGAUCCCGCCAUCCUGCUCAUCGUGGUCGGCAUCCUGAUGUUCCUGAUCACCUUCUGCGGCUGCAUCGGCUCCCUGCGUGAAAACAUCUGCCUGCUGCAGACGUUCUCAAUCUGCCUGACCAUAGUCUUCCUGCUGCAGCUGGCAGCUGGAGUGCUGGGCUUUGUCUUCUCUGAUAAGGCACGCGGGAAGGUGAGCGAGAUCAUCAACAACGCCGUUGUGCAUUACCGGGACGACCUGGACCUGCAGAACCUCAUCGACUAUGGGCAGAAGGAGUUCAGUUGCUGUGGGGGUGUCUCCUACAAGGACUGGUCCCAAAACAUGUAUUUCAACUGCACUGCUGACAACCCCAGCAGGGAGCGCUGUUCUGUGCCUUAUUCUUGCUGCCUGCAUGCAGCUGACCAGGCUGUCAUCAACACCAUGUGUGGCCAGGGGAUGCAAGCCAUGAACUACCUGGAGGCCAGCGAGUUCAUCUACACCAACGGCUGCAUCGACAAGCUGGUGAACUGGAUCCACAGCAACCUCUUCCUGCUGGGGGGCAUCGCGCUCGGCUUGGCCAUUCCACAGCUGGUGGGAAUCCUGCUCUCCCAGAUCCUCAUCAACCAGAUCAAAGACCAGAUCAAGCUACAGCUCUACAAUCAGCAGCACCGAGCAGAUCCUUGGUACUGAAACCCCCCCCGGAAGAGCGAGUGCUUCCUUGCUGGGGAAGUGCCUCUUGUCCCGUGGCAGGGAACGGCCUGGGGAGGGACACGCACCCCAAGAGGAAGAAAAAACCUGCAUUUUCCCCUGCUAUUGCUCGCCCUGCCCUGCAGGGGACUGGACCACGGGAUAGCCCCCAGGAGAGACCCCAGGCAGCCAGCCAGAGGCUGCUGCGUCUCCGGCAUCAUCCGUAGCAUCCCCGCCCAAGUAACUGACAUCCUGGUCCCUUUUUUUGGCAGCUUUUUUUUGUUUUUAAAAAGGGAAAAGAGUAAAAUAUUUCCCAGCGGCCCCAGCCCUGUCUGGGAAUUGCCUUGAGAGCUGCGUCUUCCCCUAGAAAGCUGGCACAUUGGAGCUGGGCUGGGCUGGCUGGUACGGAAGGGAGGUAAGGGGGGGGGUUGGUGGUAUAAUGCAGGUACAAGCUUCUUUCCUCCUCUGUGGUCUUGGAGCACGGGGAGGGGGGCCUAGCCAGCUUCCUCCCUCCCAGGCCUGGACCAGCUGGGAGCGACACCAGAUGGGAGAAUGAUCAGACCCUGACCCUGCACUGAUCUUUACAGAUGCUCCUCUGGCUUCAGUGUAUCAGGAGGGGGCUGCUAAGGGGAGAGGGCUAGAGGAUGUAACUAGUUGCCAAAAACCAGACUCGGGAGGGGGGGCGCUGGGAAUGGGAUCUAGCCCUCGGUCUGUGGGGUUGUAGUCUAGCUGGAGGCCUGCGUGGGUCUUGGCUCUGGACUCUCGAGUUCAGUGGACACGGCCAAAGAUCGGAGGGUGCGCUGGCUAUCCCGGGUCCGGCCGAUGUGCCCACAGCCCCGGGUGCUUGGCUGUGGGAAGCGGCCGAUCCUCAAGCGUAGAGCAGAGACAGCGGUGGAGUAGCGUGUCCCGUUCUGGGCACGGAAGAGUCCAGUUGUCAGGGCCAUUAAUGUAACGGCUUCUACCAGGCUGGCUACACUGAAUUCAGUUCCCCCCAGCCUCGAAUUUGAGGAUCUUUAAACCCUCAGAGCAGCCACUCUCUUGCUGAGCUCUCUCUAAGCUGUAUGUAUAACAAUGCUCCUGGAUGGGUCCGUCGGCAGGGAUUGAACCUGCGAUCUCUGGCUCGAGAAACGUGGGCUGCUACUGUUUGAGCUAAAGGACCAAGUCUGUUAGCUCAGCCAGUAACACUCCUAAACCUGUGUACAUGGUGUCACCACUAAGGGACGAAGUCGCACUGUUAGCACAGGUUACACAGUUUUGUAUCCAAACGCUCUAUGCCUAUCCAACGUUGUUUGCGAGAGAUGCCCACCCCCUUGUGUAAGGCAGCGAUGAGGGGCCGCGUGGCAGGAAGCGAUCGGGGAAACAGGUGUUUGCAGUCAUCAGCCUGGCGUGGGUGAACCAGGCAGGGUAUGACUGAGAGAACAUGAAUGAAAAGCAGCACAGGGUCUCUCCCUGUAGGGUUCGCUGCAUCCGAGCCCGUGGCUGAUCCAUCUAGUUUGUUACCUGCACAAGCAGAAGAUAUUUGAAACUGGAGGGCUCCUUAAUCUAGCAGGCAAAGGUGGAACAAGACCCAAGAGCGGGAGUUGGCAAAGUUAAAACUGGAAAUAUGGUGCAAAUUGUUACCGGUGCUGGUAAUGGACCAUUGGAAUAGCUUCCCCAGGGAUGGGGCGGCUUCUCCAUCAGGUGGGCUUUUUGCAGCGAGGUGGGGUGGCUUUCUAAAAGACGCCCCAAUUCAACCACACGUUAUGGGCCUGAUGCAGGCGUCACUUGGUGGAAUUCUCCGGCCUGUGCUCUACAGGAAGUCAGACGAGAUGUCCGUAACAGUCCCUUGCGGCCCUAAUGCCUGUGGGUAGCUUAUCUUGGCCAGGGGCUGGUGCCAGGUGAGUCAGAGGAAGGUAUAACCAUCCUUCCCCUCUGCCAGUAACGCUCAGUCAGCGUGCGCCUUGCAAACACCACCAGCUGCACCAAGGUGGAAGAUGAGACCCCACGUGAUCUGUGUGUUACCUGUGUGGAUGGACAUCUGCCCAUGUGCUCUCCUGCCCCUUCGAGGCAGCCUCUCCUCCUAGCAUGGAGAGGCUGUAACAGUCUUCUUGGAACAUGCACAGAUAUAUAUUUUGAACACUGUACAAAGGGAGGGAUCGGCAGAGACUUCUCUCUUUUGGGAUGUUUGUAAGUAACACAUGGGUUCUGUAUUUAUCUGUGAAAUUAACUCCUCUGUGAUGUGUUCCCUUUGCUUGUGUGGAGAAUAAAAUCAAAUCGGGUUCUGACUGAA